CAGGCUCGUAGCCAUGGCCGUGCGAGGCUACCACCGGCCCUCCUUGAUCGUAAUGGACAGAUCCACUACCACGUGGAACGCUGGGAUGCAGAGAGCCUGCAAAACGAAGAUCAUGGAGCUCAUGGAGCGCGGCGAUCGGACCGGCGGCUCCAUGGCAAGCUCCAGCUGCUCGUAAAGUGGAGGGGCUACCCUGAGUCGGAUAACUCGUGGGGGCCCGUUGAGCAGCUCCAGGCAGACUGCCCGAAGGCUGUUGUGAUAUGCGACGAGAAGCAACGGCAACUUCGUAAGUAG